AAAGAGACCUUCAUUAUGAGACAUCACCAGCUGUUGGUAUCCAGUGUUGCAGAUUUUGACCUGAUAUGCACUAUAGUGCUCAGAGCCACGGCAGCUCAAGGUCAUAGCUAGCAGCUCAAGGCCAUGGCAGCUCAAGGUCAUAGCAGCUGGGAGGGUUCUUUAUUGUGCCAAUUAACACCUAUCGUGACACAGCGGACUUCUGUCUUUACAAGGUCACUUGUGAAAAGACCCAUGACUUUCACUUUUAAAACCAGGGGCUAGGCAAAAGAAUCAAUAUUGUCACUGCCUAUAUGUUGAUAUGUCUUAGAUUUUGACACAUAGGGUCAUUUUUAUAUCUGGCUAAGUUUAAAAAAUCAUUUGUUGUAUAGAAUUAGGUAAAACUUAUAAGUUUAAAUAAUUAUUUAGUUGUAUAGAAUACAAAGGAAAUAUUAGGAUGUUAAAGGUAAGAGAUCUGAUGAUGCGUACAUCUGAUGUUGUGCACAUUGUAAUCAAUGACUAAAAAAAUAAAGAGUUACUGCUCUUUAUGAAUAUCAGAAACAAGUCAUAUAGUUAUCUCUCUUUCUCUUCACCUCGAAAAGUAUAUAUAUAGACCGGUAUGUAAGUUAAAUAGCAAUUACCCGUGAUUCUAUAAGGGCCCAGUGCAUCAGAACUCUCCUCUUAAACUAUUAUUGGAAAUAUGAAAUAUUAAAUUUAUUGUCAAGUGUUUCUGGGAUAAUUAAGUACGGUGCAUCAUUUGAAAUGCUCUCAUUGUUCGACAGCAACACUCUUUUCUCAAAAUCCUGUCAUCAUUUUUAAGACACAGCUAGUACUUGCAUAUUACUUGUAAAUCUAGAAAUUUGAAAUACAUGUAUUGAAAUAGAUUAUAAACCUCUCACUUUAAUGGUUAUGACAGUCAUGAAAAUUUCAGCCAGUUUGGAAUGCAUUGUUAUAAGCAGUGUAAAUUGGGAUUAUAACUUGUAUAGUACCGCAGAUGAUGAAAUAUCGCAUGGUCGGAUGACAGUUAGUAUCCAUAAGGGUUAACAUAAUUUUUCCAGGCAAAAUUCUUCAAAACCUUAAAUUAUACUUUAAUGAGCCAUUUCCCCAAAAUCUUUUGUUCAAUUCAAUGUUUGUAUCGAAAUUAAAAAAAAUAAGACAACUUGUGUAUAAAAGUGAAAUGCAAUUAAAGUCUAAUUAAGGAAAUUGUGGAAAAAGAGAUGCCUAUAUAAGUCAAUAUGAAUAUGAGAUUUGAAAUUUUAGUUUUGCAUGAUAUUUUCUGCAAACACUAGGUUUGAAAUUUUUGGUUUUGUACGACAUUUUCUGCACUAUAGAUGCUGAAUUGAGAUACACGCACAUAUUACAUUGAAAAUUUGGUCGUACCAAUCCCUUUUACCAUUCUCGGUAAUUUAUGAAUUUUGUCGUACUAUUUAGAGUGGAGAUUUCAUGUCUAUCGAGACAAAAACAAAAAACAAAAAAAAAAAAAACCCAACCAAAAACUUCAUAUGUAGAUUUUUAAAAAAACCCAUUUAUUUCUUAAGAUUUUAUGUUACAAAGCAUUCUGAUGCUCUGCUAAUUUUUGAAUUUUGAUUGAUAUAAUUAACGUUGAUUUAUUUUGUUAAUGAAUCUUUAAAUGAUUUGUAAAGUGUCAUGAGCAAUGAAUUAUUCAUUUGUUUUGAAAGAAUUAUUGAUUUUAGGCUUGGAAAAUCAAAGACCAAGGAAGGUCUUUUAGGGAAGGCAGUAUAGUUUAUCAAUAAUUUAUCUCUUGAGAGUGAAUAUUAUGGAGGAACUAAUUAGAUAUAUUGGUUCAAGCUGAAUAGAUCAUUUUUUACAAAACUCUACAUGAAGAAAGUUUUUUUCUUAUAAUGCAAAUACCGGUAGAUUGAAUAUUCUUUUGAGUGAGGAUUGAUAAUUUAAGCUGCCAGCUUCUUAAGACAAGCAUUUAUAUAUGUGCCCUAGGGGAUGGAAUGCAUUGGUAUAUAUUGUUAAAAUUGUAUUUGUUCUAGACGAUGCAUUGGGUGAACUAAGAAACAUUUUAUUAUGAUUUAUAGAAUCCAACUCACAGCCAGGACACUUUCCCAUCAAAGAUGCAGAAUUAUUCUAAAUCAAGUCCAAAAUUGCAAGGCAAUAUUAUGUAUUAAGUUUCUAAUUCUAUAACAAAACUGUGCAAAUUAAGGCAUAUGAUUGAAGAUUGUGGUCAUUAUUUAUAAACGUCUUUUUUCUAAAAUUGCGUAAUGCAUCACACUCACAGAAUGAUUACACAAUAGAUAUAUAAAGAAAUCAGGAAUACAGCAUUCAUCAGUCUAAAGAAGUGAAAAUCCUGCAGACACCUUGUCCCCUAAACUAUUGAUACUUUUAAGGAGACAUUGCAUUCUCUUAUAGGAACCAUUUUCAGAAGUAAAAUGUGUAUAUAAGUGCAUGUAUAGGUAUAAAUAAUGUAGUGGUGUUGCAAUCAUCCAUUAUAAUAGAAAUCAGUCGAUUGUUGGCACAUAUUCCAAGCCCUCCAUUAUGAAAAUUUAUACCACUUUUCUUUUUCGAAAUUGUUCUCUUCAUGAGAGUAAAUUUUGGGGCAGAAUAUUCUAGCCGCGACCUCUCUAAAAACAUAUCUGGGAAAGCAGGUUCCCUUAUGGUGUUGGAUUCAGUAAUGGAGGAAUUUGUUAUUUAUAAUUAUAAAGCAAUAAAUUUUGUGAUGAAGAAUUUUCGUUAUAUUAUAUUCCUAUUAUAGUAUAGAACUUUGUAACUAUAUACUACUGAAAAUUAGAUAUUCUAAUGUUGCGUUAUUUAUAGUUACAGUAAAGCAAUCAUCGAGUAAGAAAUUCUCUCAGAUUCCCAUGACAGCUAAGUCAUACAUAAAAAUAUGAAAUUCUCAAUGCCAAAGUUCAGACCAAUCUGCACUAAAAGGCGUGUGUAUGCAUGUGUGUGUGUUUGGGGGUGUGUGUCAUAUAAUAUGGAGUCCAAAUUUUUCAUAGGAAUAAAGAGGGUAAAAAAUCUUUUUAACAGAACAGCAGGGCUAAGGUGACUCAGGUGAGUGUUAUAUGACAUUGAAUGGGCCUCUUGUUUUCCGCUGACUCGAUCAACAAAAAUCAAAACUCUAAGAUAGAAACUAGAUAGAAAUGAAGCCACAUUUUUAUAAGAAAUGUUGAACUCCAUUUAUCCUUACUCUACUUCUGUCAAUCAAAUUAAGUUCAAUUGCAUAGUCUAGCUGUUUCGAGAAAUUUAAGUAUGUGUGAAAACUCAAUCUGCAUGUGAAUUUUUAUCCUAGCUCUGUUUUACAGCCCAUAUUUCACAUGUAUAUUGCUGAGAACAUAGUCAGGAACUUUCUAUUUUAAUCAUGUCAAUUUUAUUUUAUUCAGAAAUCUUGAAUUAUCUUUAAAGUAUUUUAAACCAUUGAACUCAGGGUCCAAAGUGAAUCCAUCUCUUAGUAAGCAUAAAAAUUAUAGCCAUAUUCAAAUCAUAGGUGUGUAUUUGAUUCACUUUAUAUUUUCCACAUUUCAAAAUGUUCAGAUUUCAAGGAUGAUUAAUUAGUAUUAUAUUAAUAAUUUUAUGGUUUUACAAGUACUAAUGGGAUAUAAAUUUUCAAUGUUGCUUAUAUCCAUAUAUAUAUAUAUAUAUAUAUAUAUAUAUAUAUAUAUAAAAUGUCCAAAUAUAUUCACAAUUUGAUUCGAUCACUGACAUUUGAACUCCUUAUUUAUAUAAUCAUGACCCAGCAUAUUGAAUUCAUUAUAAAAUGAAUAAAUCUUCAAAAGCUUUGAGGGAAUUCUUGCCUUUAAUGUGAACAGCAGAUCAUGCAGAAUUCUUUGAUGUUAAUCCUUUUCCCAGCUUAAUUUACUGUAUAUAUAUAUAUAUAUGUCAUCAGAAUUUGCCCAUGGGUGCAAAUGCUCUGAUUUUUAAAAUGCAUAUAUAUACAUGUAGCUCUGUUGAUCACAAAGUCAAUUAUAAUAAUUAAGCACCAUUAGCACAAAGGUGUUUUUUAUAGAUACUUCAAGGACAUUAAAGAAUAAAAUUAUGAAAUUUUGGUUUGAGCAAGAAAAUUGUAAAAUAAGAUUGACAAUGCAGACUCAACUUAAAUGUUGAAUUUUUUUAAAAGAAUAUACUCUGUUUUGGGUGUGCCACUUGUGUGAUGUAGACGGUUUUCAGUUUAUAUAAACCCCUGCAGAGAAACACUGGAUUAACUUACGUUGUACCUUGCUCUUCUGUGACGACUUUACUGGAAUAAUAAAAUGCCGUUUUGUCAGACACGAACACACAUGCAGAUAUAGACAGUAGAGGCUUCCUUAAAAGUCUUGCUCCAGAAUUAUGGGAGUAAGAGGAGUUCUUUAGAGUCAAGUAUUAAGAUAAAGAUCAAUGACAAUUAAGUUAACUGUCAGGACUGACUGAUGAAAAAAUAGCACUGGUGUGACAGUUAUCAGACAGACUUCACCUGUAAUGCAAUUACAGCUUUCGGGUUUUAUUUUUAGGGGAGGGCAUCCUUUCUCAGAAAAAAAAGGAUACCCCGGUAUAUAAGUCGUUUUUCUCUCAUAAUUUUGUAUAUGAAAUAAAGUGAUAUUGAUCAAGUAUUGCAUGUGUACUAUAAGCAGUUACAAAACUGCAUUUGAAUGGAAUUUAUGAUAAUUACAUAACAUGUUGUAGACACAGAAGGGGUUUUUCUUGGAGGAGCAAUAUAGAUUUUAAGAUAUUGAAAUCCUUACUUGUAAUUGCAAUUUCGGUCAGUAAAUUGUAUAAUUAAAAAAGAUAUGUGGUAGAAUUUAGUUUUUCAUUGUUUUAAGGAUUCUGAAGAUGAUCGAUAAAUUAAAUGUAUCUUGUAUUUAAAACAUUUAAAAUGACGAAAGUGUGGUUAUGAAAGGUGAAGAUAAUGAAUAUUGAUCAAUCUCAUAACUCCUAUAAGCAAUUAAUACAAAAUUAAGAGUAAUUAAAUGGGCAAACAUGGACCCUUGGACACACCAGAGGUGGGAUCAGGUGCCUAGGAGGAGUAUAAGCAUUGCUUGUCGACCGGCCACACCCGCCGUGAGCCCUAUAUCCAGAUCAGAAAUUAUAAGUAUAUUGUCUGUGGAACUUAAAAGUGAUUUUUAUACAUUGUUAAUAUAUAUGCACCCAAUAACCUGCAUGCACUUAAUUUGGGAAAUGAUGUGGUAUUUAAGUCUGAGAGACUUUUGACAAAAUGUACAUAACACAACUAGAGGUACUGAGUACCUGAAACAUCCUACUCUUUCACUUGAAUGAUGAGCAAAUGACGGUUGAAUUACAUUAAACAAACACAGAGCGAGUUGUAAAUGGUGAGUGCGAGCAGUUCAUUGCAUGGUGAACGACGAACGCAAAAGUGUGAACUGUGAGCGCAACCGAAACUAAACGAAAAGUGGUGAAUGGAAAUAUUGAAAGUAGGACCCCAUAUAGGGCUGAAACGAUACGCCCCCUUCACGAUAUGAUACAUAUUGCAAUGCUUAUAUGCAGUGAUUCAAUACAAUACAUACAGAGGAAACAAAUGAUAACAUUGAAGAAAAAUUAAUUACCAACAUUCAUAAUUCUAAAAGCAAAAAAUGUUUCCAAACCGCCAAACAGUAAGAUGCCUGUUGGCUCUGUACUCUGCAGUUUAAACCGAUAAAGUUCAUUAUUGUUUUCGUCAAACUCAAGGCAAACAUCAGUCUGAAUGUUAUUGGACUCUAUGUUGUCCCUCAUGCAGGUAUGUUAGAUAAUAUUAAAGUACAGACCUGUCAAGUCUGAUGUAUUUUACUGAACUGUAAUAAACAUAUCGAAUCGAAAAUCAAGGCAAUAAAUCAAACAUUGAAUUGAGCAUUUAUAUUGAACAGUAUCGAUAUUUCGGUGAAUCGUUUCAGCCCUAACGUACGUUUUAGGGACUGUAUAGAUAUCCCAACUACAUGUAUUUAAUAAAUAGAUCUUGACUUACAAUAGGAUAUCUUAUAUAUACAGUACUGGUACUCUAUUCUGAGUUUUAAAAAAAAAUUUAGAAGAAUUAAAUAUUUUCUACAGAUAUUAUGGCAAGUUAUUUAUGAUUAUAUAAAAGUUUUUUGAAUGGUGCCAAUAGUUAAGUUUGAUGACCAUGAUGAAAAUACGAUAUUUGUCGCUGAAUCCAGUAGUCUCUUAAAUCUGAAACUUGACUUGAUAAUAGGGAUCUUUAAGGGGCAAUCGAGAUCAAAAGAAUGAUGUCAAAUAAAAAUCUAAAUUCAAAUAGUUAGGGGGAGCUAUCGAGGGGAGAUAAAAUCUCCCGUAAGUUUCUGUCUUCCAACAUUGACUACACUUUAGUGGAAAAAGAAAAAAGACAAUUAAAGUGACUGUUAAAAAACACAUGAUAAUUAAUAUAUAUCGCGUCAUUUUAAUGAACAUUUGAUAGUUUUAAUAUAUACUUUCAUUUGUGAAUAUAAAGAAUAGAAAAUGUACACAGUCUUAUUUGUAAUCAUAUGUUUUUACUUGUUAAUCCUAUUAAUAGUUUCAACAUGCAUUCAUCAUAUUUAGUUUUAAAGGAAGGGGGGGGGGAUCUUUGUGAAAACUGAAUUUAUAGUUUUUUGUCAGAAAUUGAACUUUUGAUCUCGCCCCUAAGAAAGCUUAUAGUUUUUAAAGAUGGAAUAGUAAUGGGCAUUGAAUGAUGUCUUAAUCUUGCUAUACCAUUAGGUGCACGUGCAUGUAUUCUUGUUUCAGGUCCUCACUAUGAAAAGUUCUGAAGGGAAUAAACAAUUUUCAGAUAAAAAUGGGUAAAAAGGAUUACAUUUAGAGUAGUCCCGAGCCUGUGUAAGGAAACUAAUGGCUUUUUCACAUUCUUUUGCAUGUCUGUCUUUAUGUCAUUCACUUCAUUUUGCUGAACAAAAUGGUUUUUAGCGUCUGAUAAAAUCUUCUGAUCAGUGGGGUUAAGUAAGUUCAUCAUAUGUUUGAUUUAGAUAAGUACCACAGACUUUAUUCCUAUAAAAUAAUCAAAUAAAGAGCAAAGGUGGACACACAGGGGCUGUAAUCUGCCCGUAUUCUGAUAUACAGGGAUAUAUUGCACUCUAUAGUUAUUACAAGCCAUCGGAGAAGCAUAACCCUCGGAUACCGCUAAUACGAUUUCAGGGGAACGUGUGGGAAACGGGCCACGGUCAUAUGGAGAAGUGAGAGAGCUAUAAAUAGCACAGAAGUUGUAUUUACUAAAACAUUGAACUUACGAUAAAUAUGAUAAUUUGGUUAUUUGUGGCUGUCUGAGUGUGAUGAAGAGAUUAUAUUAGGGGAAAGAUAAUGUAAUAAUACUGUGAAUAGAGAUGUGCUGUGUCCCAAGGCUUUAAGGUCGGUGAUAUUAAUGGGGAAAUCGGCUGUGUCAAUUUAGAACAUUUAGGUUUAAUCAGAGACAAAAAUGAAAAUUUAAUUAAGAUUCCCCAUUAUGCUUGUAUCCUAUGGAGAUACGAUUCCCCUAUGUAUGUAUAUACCCUUCCUACAGAAUUAUUUCCCUAAUUUACACAUCAUUGUCUUACUGAAUUAAGAUUUCCAGUAUUUUAGAUGUGUCUAAUUACAGAAUUAGCUAGGUUUCCCUAUUUUACAUGUGUCUAUAAUUAAAGAAUUAGGGUUUCCCUAUUUUACAUGUGUCUUAAUAAUUAAUACCCAGUUUAUUAAGAUUUCCCUAGUUUACAUGUGUCUUACACUGAAUUAAGAUUUCCCUAGUUUACAAUUUAAUGUGUCUUACUGAAUUAAGAUUUCCCAUUAUAUUAAUAUAAAGAUCCUCAUUGGAUUCAGAUUCCCCAGUUUUAUAUGAUGUACGUACUCUAAGAUUUCUUAUUAUACACUAUAAUAUUGCCCGAACCUACAGUUUUGUAUAAUGUCUGCAAAUGAAGAUAUUAGUUUACAUGCACUUAAACUAGCUCAGACUUCAGUAAGGUAGAUCAAAUUACAAGCAAAUAGAUAAACUAAAUCAGGGACCUAUUGAAUUUGUCAUGUAUUUAUUCAGUUUUAUGCAUAAGUUUGCUUUAAAAAGUCCAAGCAAAUGCAUAUUGCACCACGCGGUAAGUACCAAUUUUCUUAAUGCUGUUAAAAAUCCAAAUCUAGACUCAAAUUCCCCAAUGGAAUACUGGUUUUGGAAACUGCUUUAAACAUCUUAAAAUCCCAGGGAAGAGCUUUAUAUAGAUACUCCCAUUGUUUUCAAUUGUCGAGUAUUUCAAGGUGGGAAAAGAGAAAUUGGGUGAGUACGUCAGGUGAUCUAUUUCAGCGAGGAGAGAGAGACUGUCUACAUAAUGGAGGGGGAAAAAGUUCAAGCAAAAAAGAAAGAAAACUAACAAAAUGCUUUAUAUUGUGGCAAAUUUUGUGAAAUUUAUGAGAUAUGAUUCAAUGUGGACUGGUCAUUUAUAGAAAGGAUUUUGAGGCUUUUACAUGGUAAGCCUGAAAUGGUUACAAAUCAGAUUGAAAAUUGUUAAACAGUUAGGAAUGUUGAUUUUGAAAAAACAAUCGCUGAUGAUCGAAUUACAAUUCACACAUGAUUAUCCAGGAUACAUGACCGAAAACUCAUCGUAACGUUACACAUUAACUCUCUUUUACUGGACUAUAAUGGCUGUCAGCAUGCGCAGUAAUCAGGGAUGGUGUAGGGACUAUGUUUGUGUUGUUUGAGUAGGUUCCGUUGGAGAAUGUAGAGACCCAUGAUGUGUCAUAAGGUCGUAGCAGUGAGGCUUUCUAUAUCGUACAAAACACCUGCUGCGAUACAGAAUCUCUGGUUUUAAAAGGCACUGAAUAUAUAUAUAUAGAUGUAGAUAGAUGUAUAGUUUAUGGUUGUCAGGUUUGAGCUUCGGCUGGUGUGAGUUUUCCACAGAAAUUGUAAAACUUAAAGGACAGCAGAAAUUGUUGUGUAAGAGUGCGACUAUGAUAAUGCAUGCUAUAGAUGGUUAUAGUGUGCUUUUCCUGGACUUAAUUCUACUGUAGAGUUCUAUUAGUGAUUUGGUUAACCAAAAGUAGAAAGAGAAAAUUUCUUCUCCAGUCAGCAGCUUUUCCAAACUGUUAUAAAGAUGAGGUUUGCCACAUGUCCCUAGGGACUAUAAGCCAAAGCAAUGGUUAUAAAUAUAGCUUAUCAUUUCGGAGUCAUUAAAGAUUGAAACCCCACAUGUCACAGAAAUGUCCUGCCUAGCUCUUAAUAUGUGUUCAUUAAAUAGCUGGUUGCCAAAGCUACCUCUUUGUGUCGUGUUUAAUUUUUCAUUUGAUUUUGUCGAAACUUCAUUUUAGGAUUUUUCAACUUCAUCAUGCAACACAAUUUGCCAAUUUUAUGACAAAAGCACACAACAGAGGGAAUUAUUAUGGAAAAAGCAUGUGUGGAAAUAGCUGUGUAUUGUGACAGCUCGUUAAUCACUGGUAGUAUUCUGUGAUAUAAUGAGGUUUAGGCGAAUGUAUCAAAUCACGAACUACAAAUGUACGUCAAAUAUUAUUCUUUGUUUGAGCCAUGUAUCAUAUAAUCACACGCUCGGCAGUGUUGCUCAGUCGUCAGACUAAAUCCCAGUAUCAGGCUGGAAGUGUUGCUCAGUCGUCAGACUUCCCAGUAUCAGGCUCGGCAGUGUUGCUCAGUCGUCAGACUUCCCAGUAUUAGGCUUGGCAGUGUUGCUCAUCAGUCAUCAGACUUCCCAGUAUCAGGCUUGGCAGUGUUAAUUGCUCAUCAGUCAUCAGACUUCCCAGUAUCAGGCUCGGCAGUGUUGCUCAGUCGUCAGACUUCCCAGUAUCAGGCUUGGCAGUUUUGCUCAGUUGUCAGACUUCCCAGUAUCAGGCUCAUGUAAAGCAUGUUGGCAUCUUCCUACUUUUUGCUUGAUAUGAAAAUAUUUAGGUGUAUUUGUCUGCAUGCACAUGAUCCCAAAAUUAAUUAAUAAAAAUUAAUCACUAAUGAAAAAUCAAUUUUUACACACACAUAUACAUACAAACUGUACGUAUAUAUUUGUGUAGUGCUUCUAUUGAUUUUCAUCUUUUGUUUUUGAAAUAUUAAUUGGAUUCUGUUUUUAGUUUGUGCAAACAGAUGAUUGGAUUAAUGAAAAGAUUAAAUUAUUAUAAAUAAUAAAUACCAAAGAACUCAAGAUUUAUGAUAUAUAGAUAAAAAAAAUUCAUCUCUUAUGCCCUUGAACAGUAAGCUACUUAGCAGUAGUGCGUUUGUCAGUCUAUAUUCUUAAACUAAUAACAAAUUAUUUCAAUUCCGUUAACAGAUGGACAAUUAGAAGUUGACAAUUAACUUUCUAAGUUAGUAAAGUGUGAAAGAUAAUUUUUUGUUCAACACCUGCUGUGUCAGUAAUAUCGUGAUCAGUUAUACCAUUGUGACCAAAGUUGCAAUCGCAGUUCUGCCAGUGCGACUAUAAGGUCACCAGAGUCACGAUGCUGGCACAUAUAAACCUAUUAUGUUCCUGCUACAGAUUUUGUCUUGUAUUAGGGUCUGCAGAUAUGAUUCCAUUAUUUAUCUGCAGACGGUGGAAUUCACUGGGAAUACCCUGUCGGGCCACAAUGUGGGAAGCACUUUUAAUUCCUGUAUUUAUCUUUUUGUACAUUUGCUAUAUGGAUCCCCUGUUUGUCUCCUGAGGCAGACGUUGAUCAAAGUCACCGGUGGAGACCUUGAACAAAUGUCCUCCUAAGGGAUGGUAUAGGAGGAAUGGAUGACUUUCAUGAUGGAAUAGGGACAUCCCUGGAUUAGGGCUGUAAUGGUAUCUAAUGAAGUAACCGACCAGGAUGUGUGGACGACCACAUUUUCUUGAUCAUUGUCCUGAUUGACUGUCUGUCACCAGAAAUUCACUGUGGGUCGGCCCAGUUGUGGUUUGAAGAAGACAGAACAUUAUAACUAUACUGUCUUGUCACCGUGUAUUAAUAAAGCCAGCUGGAUCUGCUGAAAACAUGGCAUAGAUUUUCUUCUUAAUAAGAUUGAAUCCCGAUCUCUUUGGCAAUUUUUAAAUGAUCGAUGACCAGAUCAAGUGCAUGUGUAUAAAAUUAGAAAUUCAGUCCUUUAGUUCACCGUUUGGUUACAAAAGUUAUUGUUCCUGUUUGUGAGUGAACACGCGAUUUCAUUCAAAUAUUCACUAUAAAGAUAGAUUUGAUGAUGUACAUGCAAGAGAUGAUAAUAAUAACACAAGUGCAGAGGACAUGAGGAAAUGCGACUUGAUAGGGCGAAUGUGAAAUGUGUUACAGAGGACAUGAGGAAAUGCGACUUGAUAGGGCGAAUGUGAAAUGUGUUACAGAGGUCAUAAGGAAAUGCGACUUGAUAGGGCGAAUGUGAAAUGUGUUACAGAGGUCAUAAGGAAAUGCGACUUGAUAGGGCGAAUGAGAAAUAUGUUACAGAGGUCAUAAGGAAAUGUGACUCUGAAUGGGGCUGAUGAGGGAUGUGUUACAGAGGUUAUAAGGAAAUGUGACUCUGAAUGGGCUGAUGAGAGAUGUGUUACAGAGGACAUAAGGAAAUGCGACUUGAUAGGGCGAAUGAGAAAUAUGUUACAGAGGUCAUAAGGAAAUGUGACUUUGAAUGGGAUUGAUGAGGGAUGUGUUACAGAGGUUAUAAGGAAAUGUGACUCUGAAUGGGGCGAAUAAGAAAUGUGUUACAGAGGUCAUAAGGAAAUGUGACUCUGAAUGGGGCUGGUGAGAGAUGUGUUACGGAGGUCAUAAGGAAAUGUGACUCUGAAUGGGGCUGAUGAGAGAUGUGUUACAGAGGUCAUAAGGAAAUGUGACUCUCAAAAGGGCUGCAUGAUGAGAGAUGUGUUACAGAGCAGAUCCAGAACAGUUUCACCAGUUCUGGUUUCGACUGAAGUUUGUACCUGCAUGGUCUGUCAUAAAAGGGAUUGCAAAGACCCCAAAAUGGCACAAAGUGACCAGUUUUGUUUAAAGCGUUCAAUGGAAGGAGAAAGGGGGGUUGCAAACCCAGUGACCCCCCACUCCCACCCCCUUAAGAUCCACCCCUGUUUUGAAAGUGUUGGGUAGCCUGGGUAGGGUUUGUGGUCUUGAUCUGAAGGUCACAGAGUCUCAGAAAUGGCAGUCUCGGCCUUGAUCUGAAGGUUGCAGGGCCUCAGAAACGGCAGUCUCAGCCUCGAUCUGAAGGUUGCAGGGCCUCAGAAAUGGCAGUCUCGGCCUUGAUCUGAAGGUCGCAGGGCCUCAGAAAUGGCAGUCUCAGCCUUGAUCUGAAGGUCGCAGGGCCUCAGAAACGGCAGUCUCAGCCUUGAUCUGAAGGUCGCAGGGCCUCAGAAAUGGCAGUCUCAGCCUUGAUCUGAAGUUCACAGGACCUCAGAAACGGCAGUCUCAGCCUUGAUCUGAAGGUCGCAGGGCCUCAGAAACGGCAGUCUUAGUCAGCAGUCAGUUUGCAAUCUGCGGUCAUGUAUAAUGGACUCAACUAGAUAUGUGGCAGGUGGAAUUUGAAAGCAGGCUAAAUGAAGGGGGUUUAUAGUCUCAAUAUCAGGAUUGAGGGACUAAAGGGUGAGACAUAUCGGACAUUAUUGCGGGAGAUUCUAUGUAACUGAUAAUGUGAAACCGACUAAGUGGUAUCAAGUUUCUGAAGGGUUCUCUUGUAUUCUGUGUAGAAGUGUUUUGUGAUUUGAACUGUACUACUUAUAGUUCUCAAAAGGGUCAACAAAGAAACAAAAAAAAAAACUUAAUUAAGAAUAUAGAAUCAUUCCUAGGUGUCCUAGCUGCAUUUUAACUGAAAAUAGACUUGUGUUGGCUGACCGUUGAUGUCCAUGCACAUUCCUAUAAGACCAAUUAUAUUGUAAUUAAGACUCACUCAGAACUCGAUCUGCACAUCGACUGCAUGAAGAUCUAUAGAUCUAACUCAUAUAGACCUGCUGUGUGUAUAUACACUGUACAUAUGUACUGUGACAGACACAAGUAAAAUCAAAUUGAAAUGUUUAUAAAAAUUUAUUGCUUUUUUUUAAUUGAAGAAAUGAAAUACAUGUAGUGAAAUGUACUACAUAUAAUUUUGCUGCACUCCCAAGUAAUCUCUGUGAUUUCUCUUGUUAUAAUGAGUGAAUUUCGGUAAAAAUUAAGAGUUGACUUUACAUGCGUGGUCUCUUAAGUACCACCUACAAAAUUGAAUGACAUUUUAAGAAAUUCCUUUUUGGAGUGUGUAAGACAUUGUAGUCCAUAUACCCUGCAUGCACUUUUAAAUUUCCAGAAGUGAAGUUUUAUAUUUAUAAUUUUUACAUUCUAUCAUUUCUGUCUAGAUUCACUGUAGCUAGCUGUUAGAGUAUAGAUAUAAUAUGCUACAUAUAUUUUAUUUUAUUAUUGUAUUCAUAUACACAUAUAUUGUUCACAACUGCAACAUAUUCAUGAGGAAAUGACUGUCGUUACAAUUUUUAGCGUUAUAGGCCAAUUCAACUUAAUUGAUAGAUUAUCAUCCCCGCCCGCCCCUCAAAAAUCGGCCCGCCCGGAAUUUUUUUAAUUUUUCGGAGCUUGCUAUUUCCGGAAAAUUUUCAUGUCUGACUCCGGUAUUUACACAUCUUGUUUACAUUUCCGGUAUAGCAACGUAAAAAAUCCAUGUGAAGAAAAUAGAUCAUAUUAUGGUUUUCUUAAUUUCUCACCUUCUUACGGGAAGGAAAGGAUUUAAAUGCAUGCAUGUGCUUCAUAUCUUGAAUAAGUUUGGUAUCUUUCUGUGUUUGAAAUUAAAGCUAAUUAACUUGGAAUUUAAUUGUCUGUGAAAUAAGCAUAGAUCCAUCUGGCAUUAAAUGAUGCACUACUCGUUUUUCAUCAAUAUUUUUCUCAAAAAAUAAAAAUUAAAAAAUAAAAUCCUCCCACCCGCCCCAUACUUUUUGGUGACCCUGUGGAUGAUAAUCUACUAAUUAAGUUGAAUUGGCCUUAUCAAAGGCAAAUCAUUAUAGAAUUUAUGUAAGUUUUACAGUAUGUAUUUCAUAUUUCAUCAAGUGAAAAUGUCUGCAGAAUUGACAUCAAUUUUUCAGAUAAUAUGACUGAAUUUUUGAGGAGGAUGUUAGAUUUACUAGGAAAUCUUCCAAAAUAGCAUCAGGAUAUUAGAUUAUUUUUGACCACAUACAUUUUAUUUCAAAAGAAAUAAAAUUUAUGAAGAGUAUAAAAAUAAACCAUAUUGAUUUUUAUCUGGGUACUGCAUGACUGACACUUAUAUUAUGAAAAACAUGACGCACGCAAGAACAUUGAAAUUUAAAACAGUAUGAAAAUUUACGGUAAAUAAGUCGCUGUAUAUUUUGAUACGUUAAGUUUAUUUAUAUCAUCGAGGAAGGGUGACAUCAUAACUUCCUAUAUUGCUUGAAGUCUACAGGAUUAUUGUUGUCUGAUCCUAAAUUUAAUCGCUAUAUUGUUGUCGUAAAUUGUGUUUAUACCUAACCAAUUUAUCUGUUUGUCAUCUUGUCCUAAUUUUUUUCCCCCACAUAUUCAGCGUCAACAUCUUUGUCAUAAAAUGCAAUGUUGUGCCUCCACGGCUGGUUCAAUCCUAUAGAAACAGGAAACUGUAGAAAAAACAAAAGACUUGCAUAUUAAUUUAUAAUUUAUGGAUUUAGAUUUUGAAUAUUGGAUAACGGUGCAUUUGAGUGCAAUUUCAGUUCAAUGAGAUGUCUUUUCUUUAUCAAAUAAUUUGUAUUGAUUAUUAUAUAGGUUCAGUAAGUACUUUUAAUAAAAGGAAGAGGAGAAUUUCAGUUUGUUGUUUUGAAAAUGUUUUUGAGUGCAUUAGGAUUUACGCGAGUUAUUGUAUGGAAUUUAUUGUACUUUCUAACUCGAUCAUAUGAGACACGCGGGGGAAUAUGGGAGGUUCGUGUAAUUAGUUAUAAUGGAUUAUGAAGACCACAGAGCAUUAUGCAUACAGUUGGGUUGGUUGGUUCAGGGUAUAUACAUUCAAUUAAAAGUAUAGAACAAUUGUCAUAUUUUCUAUAUAAAACAUUGUAUUGAUUCAGAUUUAAGGUCAUUUAAAUUCAAUCUCGGGUAGAGUCAAUCACCUUUGGGACAAGCAGAAAUUCGCUAUAUCUUGUCAAGUUAUUAGCAAUAUAUUUAAAAUCUGACAGUUCUUUUAUUGCAUUAUUGAAGGCAAUUUACAUGCAAUUGUCAAAUAUUAUAAUGAACAAUUUUGUAUGAUAUAGUGUCUAUCUUUAUUGAAAGAAAAAAAUAUUCCAUAUGUUUCCUUAUUUUCGAACAAUUAAUCCAGAAAUUAGUUGAUAAAGAACUGUGAAUUGGAAACUUCACAGAAAGAUACAGAAUUGUUGACGAUUCAAUGUCGUGCAUCUUGCAAUCAUAUUGCAAUGUUGUCACAAUUUUUUUUUUAUCAAUAUGCUUCAUUUAGUUGCUAAUUGGGCCAUUCAGAGAGAAGAUAUUCUUACUUCAUGCCGCUCACCCUAAGAACUUUUAAAGAUGUAUCACCAUAUUUGUCUAAUUGUCCUAUUGUUUCUGUCCUGACACAGCUAGCUAGACUCUUAAAAUUGGCCAGCACGCCACUCUAUUUAGUCUCGAUAUGUCCGUCUGUCCAUCCCAAUAUUUAUCCCGACUGUGGCUUUAUAAUUAAUGUAGAAACAAUUUAGAAGCUCCUCUCCAGAUAAGUUGAAAUUCAGGGGGCCAGCUGAUUAUUUUCAAUAUACCUAAAGUUCAAAAUAAACGAUAUGUUGAUCUCUUUCAUCCGUUUUGAAAAAAAAACUUAUUUCAAUUUGAAACCUCAGAUGAAGUUGCAGAUUUAUUAUUUUUCAAUAAAAAUAUUGUACUGAAAAUCAAGUGAAAAUAAAAGUUAAAUUGCAUAUAAUACAAGUAUGCUGAGCUACUUGGGUAAUGAUCGGGGAUGAGCGAAUUCGAAAUGCUGCAAUACAAUGGUAAUACAUGUAGUGGCAUGUUUCCCUACUGUGAUGAAACCCAGAAUCCCAGGGCAUCGAUCAAUGAACAGCAAGACUCCAGCUAAAAUUAAUUACAAUUAUAAAACCAGUCUUUAAUUGCAAAUGUCACAGUUAAAGAACUGGUCGCAGGUCUAUACGGAUGCACUGAACAUGACAAAUCACAAAUAUGGAGUAUAUUCUCGCUGCAUAAACAACACAUUAUCUCAGCGGGGUGUUUAUUUAAAUCAGAUUAAGAGAUUUUUUUCAUUAUGUAAGCAAUUUGGAAUUAACCAACAUUUCAAAGCAAAGAAAAACCGAAAAUGUUGUUGGGAAAUAUUUUUGUUUUGAAAUAAGUGGUAAUUUAACAAUUUAAGUGAAUUUGAUAUAAGUGGAGUAUAGAAGCAGAAUUUUUAGUGAGGAUUGAAUGUUGGCAUUCAGUUAGCGAGAGUGAUGGAGGUUGCUAAAAUUGAAUAUCGCUAACAAUUUAUUCGUUCCAUAUUGGAGGUCACAAUAGCUACCUUUCCUGGAAUUUUAAAGUCAGCAAUUGACACAUAAACCUUCUGAGCUAACCCUGCUAAGAUAUUAGAUUUAAAAAGAAUAUACAUUAUUGCUGAUCGAUAUUCAUAUUUUCAUUUAAGUCUCGAAAGGACUUAAAUUCAGUAUGAUGAUGCAGUGUUCCUCCCCAACACAAUUAGACAAAUGCAGUUUUUAAGGAGGGGGGGGGGGGGGGGAGGGGUGUCUCAUAUUAUCUUAUAAGCUUUGAAUGCUUUAACAAUUUGAGAUUAGAGUAUUUUGAGUUGUAAUUAUUAACAAUUUAAUCAGAUUGAUGUAAUAUAUUGUUUGUCAUCAGUCGACAUUGUUGUCCUGUUGUUACAUACAUAUCCCUGCGAUACAGGUGAAAUGGAAAGAUUUGUACAAUAGUGUAACACAGCAAACAUGCAGAAAAAGACCUCAAAUAACAAAAGCUAGCUAUGAGUAACUUAGAGAUUUAAUGAGAAAAUAUAAUUGUUGUGCUCAGAAAGGGAAGGAUCAAUGAUUGUUAAUGCUUCUUUUUGUCAGUGCAUGUUACAAUUAUAAGAGUGUGUGGGUGAGUAUAACCUGAAUGAAACAGGGACCCAUUUGGAAAUUGAACCAAUGAAUCAUGAAACUACAAUAUUCUGUUGAUGCCAUUGAAGGUAAUGCCCAUAUGAUUUCAUGUUUUCUUAUUUUAGCUCAGUGUAUGAUAUUGUCUGGCUUCUGAGACCCGGUCUUUAUACAUUCCAAGGCUUCCAUCAGAGAUUGGCUAUUUAUAAUCAUAAUGAGUUCUUCCUUGCUAUAGUCAUUCGAUUUCUAUGAAAUUUAAUGUGUUUCAAUUUCAUUAGUUUAAGAUGCGUGCAAGAUUUGACUCAUACUGAAAUCCAAUCCUUUUGGUGUCUCAUACCCUUGUACUGCUACUGUAGUCCCAUACUAUUACUACUCCAAUGCCUCAUGCAAUUACUAUACUCCCCGGGUGCAUCCUUAUGGAGUCUUAUACAAUUACUACUCCCCUGGUGCAUCCUUCUGGAGUCUCAUACAGUUACUACUCCCGGAUGCAUCUUUCUGGAGUGAGCUCAUACAAUUAUUACUCCCUGGGUGCAUCCCUCUGGAGUCUUAUACAAUUACUACUCCCUGGGUGCAUCCUUCUGGGGCCUCAUACAAUCACUACACAAAUUAGCAACAACACUUUGAUGUCUUGUACUAUUACUGGAGUCACAUACAAUUACUGGAGUCAAUUACUGGAGUCAAAUACAAUUACUGUAGUCACAUACAAUUACUGUAGUCACAUACAAUUACUGGAAUCAAUUACCGGGGUCACAUACAAUUACUGGAGUCAAAUACAAAUUACUGGAGUCACAUACAAUUACUGGAGUCACAUACAAUUACUGGAGUCACAUACAAUUACUGGAGUCAUACAAUUACUGGAGUCAUACAAUUACUGGAGUCAUACAAUUACUGGGGUCACAUACAAUCACUGGAGUCACAUACAAUUACUGGGGUCACAUACAAUUACUGGAGUCACAUACAAUUACUGUAGUCACAUACAAUUACUGUAGUCACAUACAAUUACUGGAAUCAAUUACUGGGGUCACAUACAAUUACUGGAGUCAUACAAUUACUGGAGUCAUACAAUUACUGGGGUCACAUACUAUUACUGGAGUCACAUACAAUUACUGGGGUCACAUACAAUUACUGGAGUCACAUACAAUUACUGGGGUCACAUACAAUUACUGGAGUCACAUACAAUUACUGGGGUCACAUACAAUUACUGGAGUCACAUACAAUUACUGGAGUCACAUACAAUUACUGGGGUCACAUACAAUUACUGUAGUCAAUUACUGGAGUCACAUACAAUUACAGGAGUCACAUACAAUCACUGGAGUCAAUUACUGGAGUCACAUACAAUUACUGGAGUCACAUACAAUUACUGGAGUCAUACAAUUACUGGAGUCAUACAAUUACUGGAGUCAUACAAUUACUGGGGUCACAUACAAUCACUGGAGUCACAUACAAUUACUGGGGUCACAUACAAUUACUGGAGUCACAUACAAUUACUGUAGUCACAUACAAUUACUGUAGUCACAUACAAUUACUGGAAUCAAUUACUGGAGUCAUACAAUUACUGGAGUCAUACAAUUACUGGAGUCAUACAAUUACUGGGGUCACAUACUAUUACUGGAGUCACAUACAAUUACUGGGGUCACAUACAAUUACUGUAGUCACAUACAAUUACUGGAAUCAAUUACUGGAGUCAAUUACUGGAGUCACAUACAAAUACUGGAGUCACAUACAAUUACUGGAGUCACAUACAAUUACUGGAGUCACAUACAAUUACUGGAGUCACAUACAAUUACUGUAGUCACAUACAAUUACUGUAGUCAAUUACUGGAGUCACAUACAAUUACUGGAGUCGCAUACAAUUACUGGGGUCACAUACAAUUACUGGAGUCACAUACAAUUACUGGAGUCACAUACAAUUACUGGAGUCACAUACAAUUACUGGAGUCACAUACAAUUACUGGAGUCAAUUACUGGAGUCACAUACAAUUACUAUUCCAAUACAUUGAUGUUGGUAAAGUCAAUAUGAACUUCAGGUGUCUGGUUAUAUUAAUGCAGGAUGUGAUUGACCGCGUGAAUGAUGGCCUAAAUUUUUACAAACUGUGUCCUGAAUUUGAAUGCAGUGAGAGAUAUUGAUGGGCAUUCAAGAUUGGUUUAUUUAGCAUAUUGUUAUCAUUAACAAGCUAAUACUAAAUAAUAGAAUGUAACACAUGUAUUGAACAGGAAUUAUCUGUUUUUUGUUAAAGGUGAAUAGCAAUAUUGGCAGUGAAUGACCUGACCUUGGUAGCUGGGCUCAGAUUGUGAUGUUUUGUACACAUGUUGGGAAUAGUAAAAGUAUCCUGCAUGUAUAUCCUCUUAUGAAAAUCAGAGAGAGAGAGAGAGAGAGAGAGAGAGAGAGAGAGCAAAUAUGAGAUUGGAGAGAGUUAAAGAGAUUUUACACUAUGGUUUUAAUAUGUAUUUAAUUGGUUAUUAUGAGUUAAGGUAGCCCUCAACUCAGAAGUUCAGCUUUACAUAAAAGAUCACCAAUUAGUCAUGUUGUUCCUCUGCGUCUUGAAGUGAUGAUAAUUUAGAAGGUAGGUGAAAUGAUCAGUUGAUUGACUGCCAAAUGCACAGAACCAUGAAACGGAGACAUUUGGUUACCUGCUAAACUCCUAUUGCAAAUGAAGUGUUUAACGAGCAUGCUCAUUGUGGUAUUUUAAAGUGCAUCAGGCUUCUGGAUUGGUCAUCAGUGGUGGAACAGCGGGUUCAUCUUUCCCAGCACAUAUAUCUUAUCUGUCUGAGAUCAAUGAAGAGAUUUCUCUAGGUCUAUUUUCUAACUGCUGAAGGCCUGGUGUUUAUCUGUAAUGGUGGAGAAAUCUGAUUACUCCAGGUAAUGAGAUUUGAGCGACCCAGGGUUCCUCAGUGACCUCAUGUGAGUACCACAUGACUUGGGUUAUUUACUGACAGCGUGGAGUAACUGCGGGAGUUUGGCCUGUCAACAUCAGAGAUAUUAUCACGUUCACAUGCCUGCAGUCUGGGGUUUGUUGGUGAGGGUAAUGAAAGCUGGUAAUGUGAAAUACAAAAAGUACUCACAAACAGGAAACAAGUAUCUUAUAGUAAUAAAUUAGUUAUAAUCAAACUAACCAGGUCGUACCUUGUAAUUUCUCCUUUGAAUGAAUUUCACUUACCGAGAGUAACAAAAAGUGUGAUCUGAGUAUUCCCACAGUGUGAAAAUAAUGAAAGUGAUAUUCUCAUAGCGUGGAAUAUAUAUCCUCUGCCUUAAAUGAGAAUUGUGGAGAGUCAUUAUAAACAACACCCUAUAUUAAACUUGCAGAACAUUAAAUAUUACCUGUAUAUUACUAAUUUAGCAAGAUGGUUUACUACCAGUGUAUUCUGAAUUGUUUCUUCCGUGCAUAUUAAACUCUUUUAUGGAACUUGAGUAUUAAGUCCAUUAAAUAUGGGCUGGUCAAUGGUAACUCCGUGGUUUACGUCAUCACCAAGAGGUCGUAAGUUCAUUCGUGCCCUGAUCGUGUCAAUUGGUUGUGCCAAACAUUGAACUAAUUAGACAUAGUUGUUGAUUGCUCCCUCCCCAUAAACUCCCAGCAUUUAGAAAUAAGUGAGAGUCGUGGGGUUCUUUUGGAUAUGACUUUAAAAACAGAGGUCCCAAUGUCACAGUAAGCAUUGGCACCUUAAACAACUCUCAUUGCCUAUCAAAGCAGGUCUAAAUUUGUGGUACUUCACUCACAGCUGGUGAUGUUUCAAUACGAAUGAAAAAUUCGUAAAAAAUCAUAAAAUUUAAAAAAAAAAUGAACAAAAACAUAAGAUAUGGAUUGCUGGAUUUGCCUUCUCUGAUUUUAUAUCAUUCAGUAUACAUGUCAUUUUAGCAGUUAAUGAAAUUAUACAGGCAAUUAUAAGACCAACGCAGAGUAUAUAUUUUAGUGGUUUGUUAAUUGAUCUAUUUACAAACUUCUUUGAUGUAAGAAUGAUUACAUUUUAUUAAACUGCAGAUAAUACCUGUGUACACUUUGCAUUGAUGAUGUAGAAAUCUUUUUAAAAAACCACAAAGGUAUAGUUUUGAUUUGAUAGUUUAAUUUGUGGCUGCAGUUGUUGAAUUUAAGCAUUCUUUGAGAGAUUAGGAGUUGCUUGUAUGUCCAUGUGAUUUCCAUAUGAACUCUGACAGUAGUAGUUUAAGGUUAUUGUUUAUAUACCUGUAAACUGCAUGCCCCCCCCCCCCCCCCCCCCCCCCCCUUAGGAUGAAAUAAACAUAUAUAGUUGUAUGAAGUCCAUUGUUUGACAAAUAAUGCAUGUUAAAGAGGAGCCUAUAGUACUGCUGAUAGUACCCUGGAAAAAAAAAACUGCAGGCUCCCAGCAUUUAAAUUUUCUGUGGUCAACUUGUAAAUCUCGUAUGAUUUUAACUUCCCUAUUGAAGUUUUGAAAAAAUUGUCCUUGAUAUUUUUCUUCUUCAGAAAUUUCCAAUAUUUGGGUAAAGUAAAACAAAACCUUGCUAAGCAACAGCUAUAGGGCACGGACAUAUGUUCUUGGUCUAAUGUUCCAUGGUGUAAAUAUAGUGUAAUUAGUGUAAAGUGGUGUAAAGUACCGUAAAAUGCCUGGUGGUAAGUACAUGGUAAUGACAGACCAUAUUAAAUGACCGGUGCCGGCCGUGGGUGGUCACAGACCAUAGAGUUUUGCCCUGAUUUACUGAAUAGUGCAACCAAUAUGUGGUAUCAGCUUAUAUUAGUUGAUUUGCAGUUGUAGCCUGUGUGUAUAGUAUGGAUUUCUCUAAGUACAAACAUUCAUUCAUUAAAUGUCAAAUCCAUUGAUUUUUUUCUCAUCAGCUGACAGAAGCUGUGAUUGGCUGAAUGGCUCUUUGAUGUGUCAGAAUUUUCCCUCCUCCUGGAAACAAUGUAUAUAUUACAAUGUGUGUAUUAUGAGUUUUCUAUAGAAGCUUACCAUGGGGGAUGUAUGGGAACUCUUGGUGUUUCAUAUUUACUGAGGUUGAAAAAUUCUUGGCAGUGAACUUUAAUGAUUUAGACUUGAGAAAAGUAUUUUUUGGAUAGUAUAGACAGUACAGUCAUUGUUUGUUUUUCAUAUGUGUUUUUUUUUUCUCCCCCAAAGACCUUGCAAUUCACAUUAUUUAAAAAAAAUUUGUAUCAGUGAGGCUGAUUGAAAUGAAAAUUUAAGAUCUUGGAUGUUUUUCCCCUAGAAAUUGUGAAAGACUGUUGUACAAUAAUCUAAGUGUAUUGCAUUAAUUAAUGUAAUAGUGCAUGAAGGUAAAUAUUGAUUCCCGGAGUUAUUGCUCUUAAUCAACAGGAGAUUCUAUUGUCUCUGGAAGCUUUAAGCUGGAGAAGACGAGUGAUCUUCUGGGGUAGGAAAAAAUUGUCAAUAUAUUGUGGAUAUCGGACCUCUUCUUGUUGAAGGUGCCAUAUUGCAAAUGAUAGGAUCAAAUCAACAAUGAAAUGUUUGACUUUGUUGCCGAACAAUUGCUAGGGCAAGUAUAGUGCAAACUAAGGAUUGAUUUAAUUGUUUUCAGCAGAGCUGUAAAUCUGAAGAAAUUUUUCAUACGAAGCAGGAGCAUAUAUCUAGUAAGGAGCAUAUAUCUAUAAGAAGCAUAGAUUCAGUAAGAAGCAUAGAUUCAGUAAGGAGCAUAGAUUCAGUAAGGAGCAUAGAUCUGAGUGCAGCAUUGGGACUGCAUGAAAAAGUUAUGACAGAAUUAUGAUCAUAAUAUGAUGAUUAGAAAUCAACCACGAAGAGGCAAUCCAGAUAAAUGAUGCAUCUAUUUCGAAAAUCUAGGAGUAAAUCUCCUUCCUUUGAAAUCCCAAAGCUUUGUUUAUCAAAGCAGAAGAAUGUGUCGAUUGAGGAGCCAAAUCAUACCUCUAAAGACCUCGAAGUUCCGCUGGAACAGAGGGGAAGGUCCACCAGUUUUGAUUCCAGUUCUUUGGGCUCAGAAAACCACGAAUUUCUCCAGGUUCCCAUAUUGACAGGAAGACGAUGCCACUCUUUUGAUUCGUGCACCAUUGGUUCACAGAGUUGGAGCGCGGAAUCAUCUGACGACAACGCCUCCGAGAAAGAGACCAGGGGUUGGAAUCAUAUACGAAUUCCCAAAGCAAAACGACGUACCUCAGUGGAAAUACCCAAGUUAUGUAUUCACUGUGUACACAUGGAGAGAUUCGCAGAGAAAGAGCAUGGCGGUUUGCAAGGGAAACAUUUUUAUGUGGGAAGUGAAGAAUACCUAGCCUCAUCUAGCACGAGCUAUACAUCUUCAUCAGAUGAUCUGGGUUCCUUAACUUCGGAUAUAGACUUCUACCUGUCCGACGAAUCCUCGCAGGGAGAUCGAGGUGAGAGAGAGAGUGAUGCUGAGCCAUAUUUGAGUGACACGGGAAGAAAUAAGAGCUGUUCUCCCGACUGCGGUUAUCCUAAAAGUUCACAUUCGCAUUCUCCUUCUCCGGAGGAUCGUAAAUCCCCAGCGGAGGAUCGCCCAUAUACCAACGCUGUCACUUUGGAAGUUCCUGUGAUCCGUCAGCAGAGAUCCACGUCUUUAGAUGGGGCUUUACUACAACAAUCCAACUCCAGUUUGGAUGUGGCUGUAGUAAAGCCGGUGAAUCCGAACCGUGGGAUGGUGCAGAGGCAGGACUCGUUUGAUGAAGGGCUACUGGAUGUGAAGGCUCAGGUGCGAUCCACAUCGGUGGAUGUUAAUUUACCAACAGAGGAAGAAAAACAUUAUAAAGCAAUCACAGGAUCACCGAAGGCAAUAUCAAAGAACACUGUCAGUAACCCUAACUACCUACACCCAAGUCAUGCAGAGCAGGGCUUCAGAAGGAGGGAGCUUAGGUCAACAGUGGACUGGACCGAGCAGGCAGUUAACAGUGAGCACCUGUGGGUGGAGACGAAUGCGUCCGGCGAUUACUGCUACGCUAUGGAACCAGAUUGUUUGAAAACUGGACCAAGGAAAAAAUGUGUUGCUUGUAAAAUCGUGACUCAUACAAUGUGUAUUCCUGUCCUAGAAAAGAAAAACUUACGAUGUAAACCAACAUUCCGAGAGGCAGGUGUCCGAAACUAUCGAGAGGAAAAUGACACAGAACCCUCGCAAACAUUGAUGAGGCAUCAUUGGGUCCACAGGCGGAGGCAGGAGGGCAAAUGUAAACAGUGUGGAAAGUCAUUCCAGCAGAGAUUUGCCUUCCAAAGCAAGGAGAUCAUUGCUAUCAGUUGUUCAUGGUGCAAAGCAGCUUACCACAACAAGGUAUCGUGCUUCAUGAUGCAGCAUAUCGAGGAGCAGUGCACCCUGGGAGUCCAUCAAAGCAUCAUUGUGCCUCCGUCGUGGAUCAUUAAACUUCCAAAAAAAGGGUCUUUCAAAUCUUCACUGAGGAAAAAGAGGCGAGCCUCGAUAAAAAGAAAGAAAGCCAAGGAAGAAAAUCGUCCAUUUAUAAUCAAGCCCAUUCCCUCCCCACUUCUGAAGCCUCUUCUCGUCUUCAUCAACCCCAAGAGUGGUGGGAACCAAGGGGCCAAACUCAUGCACAAGUUCUGCUGGUGGUUGAACCCACGGCAGGUGUUCGACUUGUCCCAUGGAGGGCCUCGACCAGGUCUCGAGUUGUACAAGAAAGUGCCUAACCUGCGUAUUUUGGCAUGUGGGGGAGAUGGCACAGUGGGCUGGAUCCUGUCCGAAAUUGACAGCCUGGGCAUUAAGCCCCCACCCCCGGUCGCCAUCAUGCCCCUUGGCACAGGAAAUGAUCUCUCACGGACCUUGAAUUGGGGAGGGGGAUAUGCAGACGAACCUAUUACCAAAAUCCUUAGUUAUGUUGAAGAGGGCCAAGUUGUUCAACUUGACAGGUGGAACAAUGAAGUGUCUCCAAAUGCGGUAUCCGAGUCUGACGUCUGUGAUGAACCAUUAGUAACUGACCAACUACCACUAGAUGUGUUCAACAACUACUUCAGCCUUGGGGCUGAUGCCCAUGUGGCUCUAGAAUUCCAUGAAAGCAGAGAAGCCAACCCAGAAAAGUUCAAUAGCAGAUUUUGGAACAAAAUGUUUUAUGCAGGUGCUGGUGGGCGGGAUAUGCUCAGGAGAAGCUGGAAGGGCUUGGCUGAUCACAUACAGCUGGUCUGUGAUGGUCACGACCUUACAACCAAAGUGCAAGAAAUGAAGCUUCACUGUUUGUUAUUCCUUAACAUUCCAAGAUAUGCAAGUGGAACGUUACCAUGGGGAAAUCCAAACACACCUGGAUUUGAACCACAGCGCCAUGACGACGGUUACCUGGAGGUCAUAGGGUUCACUUACUCUUCUUUGGCCACCCUGUACAUGGGAGGGCAUGGAGAGAGGUUAAUUCAGUGCCGAGAGAUCAAACUAAAAACUCUGAAGGCCAUUCCGAUGCAGGUGGACGGGGAGCCAUGCCGGUUACGGCCCUCGACCAUCAUCAUCCGUGCCCGUAACCAGGCCAAUAUGAUUGCCAAACCAAAGAGGAGGGGCUCAGUUCCAAUAGCCAAUGAUCUGGCUCUGUUGAAGACUGAUUUAAGUCCCCCCUCCAUGCCUGAACGGCUGAGGAUACAAGUCAGCCGUAUUAGUAUGGCAGACUAUGAACAGCUGAAUUACGAUAAAGAUCGUCUUCGUGGAGCGUCCAUUCCUUUAGGGCUUAUUGUGGUAGAUAACAAUGCAGACUUGGAUCAAGUUAGACAGAUUAUCAAUAAAGUUCAGCAGGGAAACAACGAAACAAACACUACUUCACAACCACUGUCUUCAAAAUGGUGCUUCUUAGAUUCUACAACAGCAGAGAGAUUUUUUCGCAUUGACAGAGCCCAAGAACAGUUGCACUACAUAACCGACAUUUCUUCUGAGGAUUUGUAUAUACUAGAUCCAGACAUGGCCAGCACACAACAUCCCACGGGAAACGGGGAGGUUCCCAAACCUCAGGAGGAGAAAGGACUGGUCUUCACCUUCUCCAUGCCAGUCACUCCUCCUAAGUCCCCGGGGGUAUCCGAUCUACGACAUAAUAAUAAUGAGGAAAAGCAUUCUCUACCUGUGCCAAAAUCUCCUGGAGAAAACAGGACCACAAUUACUCGUCCCGAGAGUAAGGAAAAUUUACUCAUCCCACCGUCCCCCGGCUCAGAUAACAGUCACAUGCCCCUUCGUCGAGCUAGCCCUCAUAAGGGCAAGUGGGUCUGUGUUCGGGUCGCAGACCACAGCUUUCUUCAUCACACAUUGGGCUCAGAGCCGGGCUCCCCCAACUCUCCCAAUGACUGUAGCUCCAAGCAGUAUCAGUUCAUGUCUGUAGCCAAUGCAACAGCGGCAGGGAAGGCCAAGAAACUCACUCCUGCCGACAAAGGUUUGAUAGAUGCAUCAAAGAGAGGUGAUUUGUCAAAGUUGGUGGACCUGUUUUGUAAUCAGGAUGCAGAUCUCCUAGCAACCGAUCAGUAUGGCAUGACUUCCUUACACCAUGCUGCACGGUUUGGACACAAGGGCAUUGUCAAGUAUCUCAUAGAUAAUGCACCUCCAGUCAUUUUGGAUAUGGUGGAUUAUGAAAAAGGGCAGACAGCUUUGCACAAGGCAGCCUGGUACCAGAGAAGGACGAUUUGUUACAUGUUGGUGGAGGCUGGGGCUUCAUUGACUCGGACGGAUUAUCAGGGGAACACUCCUCGCCUACAGGCCCUGAGAGCAGACGACAAGGAACUGGCUGCUUAUCUAGAAAGUCAGGAGCAUUUUCAAUUGGUUGUGUCGGAUGAUCAGGAAACAGCUGUGUGACUGAUCACCAGUAUUUAGUGACCAACAAAUGUGAUAUAAAAAUGAAUUGAAGUUUGGUCCAACAUUGUGAUAUUUCUGACAACUUUCCACUUUCCCGUUAUUUUUCCCUUGAGAAUAUUGCCAGUUGGAUGAUGUGCGACAAAGUUGAGAGUUGGCCCUUGGUGAAAGUGUGCGCGAGAUUCUUUUCUACUUUUCUUCUAAUAUUUUUUGCCGUGAAUUUUUUUUUCUUGGGUUUGACUGGUUCUCACAAGUUGUCUGUGAUAUAUAAGCUGUAUAAAUUUCAUUCGCAGUUUGUGUAUUUACGAGUUGAUAUUGUGGUUUUUUUCUUGGUGAUUUAAUUAAAAGUUAUAAAUUUGGCGAUAUCAAGUAAUAUUUCAUAGUUUUCACAUUUGGCAUGUGUUGAUGCCUGAAGGCUUACAAGCAUAUAGAUGUUUGCUUGAAGAAAUUGUCAUUUUGAUAACACUGUAUCUAUGUUAACAUUUGUACACAUUGAUUUGUACAGAUGAAGCCAUUUCUGAUGUAUUCUCCCUGAGAAUGUCAUGGUGUAAAAUAUGAUCGUAUUUCAACACAUAUCUUUUACAUUACUUCGUUCGUUAAUUUCAUUUGUAUUAAAGCCAAACAUUUUUGCAGUACGAAAAAAAAAGUUGUAUCAAAUUACAAUCUCUAAGCAAGCUGGAUUUUCCUUGCUAAUCAAGCAGUGCUUGAGCGUGGUUUCUUGUGAUCAUUUUUAAUCAACCAUAUCAUGUGUUUGUAUAGAUAUAUUUUACUUACCUGUUCUCCCAUUCAACAUUGUCCAGAUAUCUUGUUACAUGUAUUUUUGUUAUGUCUUAAUCCGAAAAACACCACAGUUAAUCUUCCAUUUUUACUACACAAUAUUUGAAAUGAAAUGAGUUAUUCUUUUUCUUGCAAACGUUUUUUCAUAGCAUUGCUUAUUAUUGUUAAAGAAUAUUGUAACUGUGUUGAAUUGUAGUGACGUUUAAUCGCAAAGUAUUUAAUUUUAGUGACUUUAGAGACGUAAAUAAUUGGUUAUAACUUUCUAUUACUAUAUUGUCUUUUUGUGUAGUGUAUACUAAUUCAUGUAGUAGUGAAACGUUUUGUAGUUUGAUUGGUUUUUUUUCUUUUUUCUUUUCCUUCAUUAUUAUUUAUGCAAAUACAGUAGUUUCUUUUGGAUAAGGUCCCAUUCCAAGGUAAACUAUUGAUGCACCACAGCAGUUUCCUGUUAAUACAUUCCCUAUGCAAAUUUGAGCCUAAUAAAUUACCAACUUAUGUUUAAUUUUUCUUGGAUGCUUGUUUCCCCCCAGGUUUGAUAUUUCAAUAGUAUGAUUUUUUUAUGCAUUAGUCCUUUAUUCUUCUUUUUUCCCCCGUCUUCUUUGGGUGAUAUUUUUUUUUAAAUCAUUGUGUAUUUUGCAGAAGGAUAGAAUGCAUGCUUUUUGUGAUUCAAUGCAGCCUUUUAUGGAGUUGGCCGAUUCUGUGGUGUAGAAAGGUGAAAGAAGAAAUCUUAUGUACGAGAAAAAGACUUCAGAGUUUUUUUUAUGCCCACAAACUGUUAAUUGUGCACAAAAAAGUAAAGAUAGAUAUUUUUUUUUCAUCUCAUAUCCUCAUUCCAUUAAUACGAGGGGGUGGAUGAAAUAACGAAGAAAGUGUUUGGUAUUACAGGUUUGUAGGUAAUUAUACCUGGAGUUUGUUAAUUUAUUCUGUAUCUUAUAUAACAGAAGAUGUAGUAAUACACAUUUUUUUUUACUUUACAUUCUGCAAAUAAAUAUUUUAAAAAAUCCAA